ACCGGUGGAAUCUGCACUGAGUAAGGAGAGUGAGCCUCUGGUCUUCCAGCUGCUCAGCAUGUGAACCGACGCUCUGUGAGAAGUCAAGUCGAAAAAGGGAUGAAACGGAGAGAUUUUUUAAGGUAUGCAAUGAUUGCUGUUUUAUUUGAAAGUAGCUGAGGUCGUAGUCGCACGGAAAAACUCCGACUUUGGAUUUUCUUUUUGGAAAAAAUGGGACUGAAAGUGUUUUCACCGGAUUGGGACUGAGAGUGGACUGCUUGUGGAGUCACUUACAAAGACCAUGAAGAAGUCAUGACACAGCGAACGUUUCUCUUAGAUUUCUCUGCGUAAAAGAGACGAAACACGAGUAAUUAACUUCGAUUGAUUCUUUUAGAACACAAACUUAAAGUUGCGAAAGUUCCUGCGCGUAUUUUUUGUUUUUCACCCCCUUUUUUGUAACUCGCCCUACUUGGAUCAAAGUUUUUUCUCUCCCUCCCCCCCUCCUCCUCAACUAUGGCGUCGGCCAGGUCCACCGCUGGCUCUGUGUUACUACGGAUCAUGUGGCUGGUGUGCGCCCUGAUCUCCUCACCCUCUUCUGCCCAGCAUUACAACAGCGAGAGUGGAAUAUCUGUUCCAGAACAUGGAUUUUGUCAACCCAUCUCAAUCCCGCUGUGCACAGACAUCGCCUACAACCAGACCAUCAUGCCGAACCUCCUGGGCCACACGAAUCAGGAGGACGCCGGACUCGAAGUGCAUCAGUUCUACCCUUUGGUGAAGGUCCAGUGUUCUGCAGAUCUAAAGUUCUUCCUCUGCUCCAUGUAUGCGCCAGUCUGCACCGUGCUGGAGCAGGCCAUACCCCCUUGUCGGUCGUUGUGUGAGCGCGCAAGGCAGGGAUGUGAAGCCUUGAUGAAUAAGUUCGGGUUUCAGUGGCCGGAGCGGCUUCGCUGUGAGGCUUUCCCUGUCCAUGGAGCUGGUGAGAUCUGCGUCGGUCAGAACACAUCCGAACCCAGCAGUCCGGUCUCCUCAUCGUCCCCCUAUGCACCCGACCCCGUGACCCUCCCCCCAAACAUGGGCCGACCCAACCAACGCCCGCCUCAGCACAACCAGUACCACCAGUUCUCCUGCCCCUUACAAUUGGAGGUCCCUACCUAUUUGGGCUACCGUUUCAUGGGGGUCAAAGACUGUGGGGCCCCAUGUGAGCCCACCAAACCAACCGGGAUUAUGUACUUUAGGGAGGAUGAAGUGAAAUUCGGCAGACUGUGGGUGGGGAUCUGGUCCAUUCUAUGCUGUGUAAGCACAUUAUUCACUGUCCUUACCUAUUUAGUGGACAUGAGGCGGUUCAGAUACCCAGAGAGACCCAUCAUCUUUCUGUCUGGGUGUUACUUUAUGGUUGCUGUGGCGUAUGCUGCAGGCUUUUUCCUGGAGGAUAAAGUUGUUUGUGUAGAUAAAUUCAAGGAUGACGGCUACAGAACAGUGGCCCAGGGUACUAAAAAGGAGGGUUGCACUAUCCUGUUCAUGGUUUUGUACUUUUUUGGUAUGGCGAGCUCCAUCUGGUGGGUGAUCCUGUCCUUGACUUGGUUUCUCUCAGCUGGGAUGAAGUGGGGGCAUGAGGCGAUCGAAGCGAACUCCCAGUACUUCCACCUGGCCGCAUGGGCUGUCCCUGCAAUUAAAACCAUCACCAUCCUCGCCAUGGGCCAAGUGGAUGGCGACGUGCUCACGGGGGUGUGUUUCGUUGGGAUUUUCAACGUGGACUCCCUCCGCGGAUUCGUCCUGGCUCCUCUGUUUGUCUACCUGUUCAUUGGCACGUCCUUCCUCCUUGCUGGCUUUGUGUCCCUCUUUCGUAUCCGCACCAUCAUGAAGCACGACGGCACCAAAACGGAGAAGCUGGAGAAGCUGAUGGUGAGAAUCGGCGUGUUCAGUGUGCUCUACACGGUCCCUGCCACCAUCGUGAUCGCCUGCUACUUUUACGAGCAGGCUUUCAGGGAGCACUGGGAGCGCACCUGGCACAUGCAGACCUGCAAGCGGUUUGCAGUGCCUUGUCCAGUGCACAACUUCGCCCCCAUGACCCCGGACUUCACUGUGUUCAUGAUCAAAUACCUUAUGACCAUGAUAGUAGGAAUCACGUCGGGGUUCUGGGUCUGGUCAGGGAAAACACUUCAAUCAUGGAGAAGAUUCUACAAGCGCCUCAGCAAUGGUAAUCAUGGAGAGACAACUGUGUGAUGUUCAAAGGACAGAAAGGUACUAAGACAUGGAGUUUGGAUAACAUAACCUUCUAAACGAGGUCUUUCAUUUUAUUGGUAUUUUGGACAUUUUUUUGUUAUUCAGACGUUGGACUAACAACUUCAGUUCUUUCUCUUUUUUUUGUGUAUCAUUGGACUGCCUACACUCUUGUCUUUUCCAUCUUUGAGUUACGAAAUGGUUUGAAUGGCCAUACUGGUCUUUGGACUAAUGCCAGGCUGGUGAAGUUAUUUGUUACUUUUUUUGAUAUGAAACUGCCUACAUGUAAUCUUAAAUGUUACACUUUGAAUGUACUUCCUGUCUAUUCUUCUAAAAAGUUUUUUUGUGGGUUGGGUGGGAAAGCAGUCAAAAGGUCAAAGGUUGAUCCCUACACCAGCCACAGUCUUGACUGUAGCUUCAUUUAACAGAACACCUACAACAUAUGUUUAAUGUUACUCUACGUGUAGCUAAACACUCACCUUCUGCAGUAAAUGCGCGAGUAAUUGCAGUUAGCAAUUAAGUAAGCCCUUUCAAAUAUGAGAAAUAUAGCAUUAAGUUGCGGCUCCUCCAACUAGUGCCAAGUUGAUACUCAGAAAUGGAAUCUUUUACUUUUUUAUUUUGUAAUUUUUUUAAGCUUUCAGACUGUUUAAAUACUUUCUCCGGGAUUGAAUGUUCACUCCAAAGGUGAUUGAAGUAAAGUGUUGGUUUGCACGGUCAAACCAAAGGUUAUAAAGUGUGAAAUAUCUGAUUCACCAUAAAGUGACCUGUUACAAAUAGUGAGACCACACACACACACACACACACACACACACACACACACACACACACACACACACACACACACACACACACACACACACACACACACACACCCACCCAGGUCCUCUCCACAUUGAGGAAACAACAGCUCAUUGUUUGUCUCUGUGUGUGGUCCCUAGAAGGUUGGAUCCCUCAUCAAAAAGACUUUCAACGCUUUUAAGAUAUCCAGUGCGCCGUUUCAAGGAUCCUGAUUUAAUCCUUAUGGGAUGGAAGUGUUUAGUGUGUUAUUCCAUCUCUAAAAAGAUGACCGUACACAUUGACGCUUGUAUUCCACUUAUUAUAACUGAAUCUGUCUUUCUUCCAUUUGAUCUCUAUAUGUCAAACAUUUUUCAAAGCGGACUGAACAACUUAGAGUUUUAUUUUGUGACUGGAUGAAGAGAAUAUCUGGUCCGUGUUCUCAAAUCAUGAUACAUCAGAAGGAUGUUAAAGCUCAAAACUUUGUGGGGAUGUUCUUUACUUGGAGGGAUAAAAGUAGACACAGGCUAUGCAGUGCCUUGAGAAUAGUGUGAUUAAUAUGAUGAAUCUCUAUCUUAAGGCUUCUUCUGUUACACUGUCCUAAGUUUCUAUCAACAUUGAAGCAUGUCAUUGAAUAUUUGAUAAAUAAGUAGAAUUAAUGUAUGGUAUCACAGAAAAGUACAUGGUUAUUUUAGUUAGAAAUCCCUUGAAAAUAACUGAUUUAUUUCCAUUGUUAAUUCAAUGUUAAUGACACACUCAUUAUUUUGAAAUAGAGAAUUUCUAAUUCCUCUGAUCAGAUUUUGGGUUUACACAGCAGGAAAGUGUCUUUUAAUAGCUCUAAGGCAGCAUGUAAUUUGACAUGCACCAUUUUCAGACAUCAUGUUAAUGAUGGGCUGAAACAUUCUGCAGCAACAGGGAAAAACUGACAAACUGUCCUUAACAAACCUGAUACUGUAGUUAUUUUUACCCUCCAAAGUGUGUCCCCAGCAAGGAAUGUCAAAUUGUCUGUGAAUGUACAACUUACCUCAAACCAUGGCUAUUUUUAGUGUAAGAAUUGGAUUUGGGAACAGGGCAACACUCCACCACCCAUGAGUUAUUUUUUGGCUGUGACAUGCAUACCUAACAAGGCAAAAGAGUUCUGUGAAAUGGUUUUUCAGGAGCUGAGACUGGACAGCCUCAAUGGUACCAGACUGAUAAUGUUUGUCUUGUAACAAGGUUUCAGAAGGAAUAUAAGUGUGUGUGUGUGUUUUGUGUUGGAACAUAUGCAACCCACCAAGUAAACACAAUCUCUGUUUUUAAGGCAUAUUGUAUUUAAGAGUAUUCUCAUUUCUGUCUUUCUUUUUUUUUACUUUUAUCUUGAAUAAGGUAAGACUGUUUUAUGUGUACAGUUUGAAUAAAAGCAAUAAGGUUUGUAAUA